AUGAACCGAAUGUUUUAUCCAUUUCUCGAAAAUUUGUUGAAAGUACAUGUAAAAGCUAUUGAGAUCAUCGAGGUGUAUGUGGAACGGAACAAGUCAAAGUGUUAUGAAAUGAAACGACAAAUAAAUUAUGUUCGAAACAACUAUGAACAACGCGAACAAGCCAGGCAACAAUCAGAUACGUCUACUUCUUAUUUAGCAGUUGUGUUGCUGAUUGUUAUAUUGAAACAGUUGAAUCAAAAUCGACUGUUAAACGUUUCCGACGUCAAUCAAUUCUCUAUACAUCACAAUACAAGUAAAGUGAAAUGGACUGUUAAAUCUCAUACUCCAGAUGAAUUUAUAGAGGCUGGGUAUAAAAGAAAAGAAUGCAAAGAAAAGGCAAGUACUCAUUCACAAAUCAUAAAAGAUGGUAAUAAUAAUAAUAAUAAUAAUAAUAAUAAUAAUAAUAAUAACAAUAAUGAAAACGAUUAUGAAGCAAUAAUCAGUGGAGAUGUUCGUAUAAGAGAAAUGGUCUAG